AUGGGCUGUACGAAUAGCAAAGAGCGCCCGCGGACGCCGCCUCCCGACGCCCAACUGCAAAACGUUGUCUCCGACGGCGAUGGCUUCUGGGCCGCAAACGGGGAGCAAAGAGCGUCGCGCGAGGCCACGCCGUUAAAGGCCGCCGCGGACCCGUUCCAGACCGUCGACCUCACGAACCCGGAAACCGCCGCCGCUGCGUCGUCGCCCGCGAAAGACCUAUCCGACGCCUUUGGCGAACCGAAAACACCAGUCCUCGUCCCCGCCGACGCCUUCGGCGCGCCAAAGGCGCCGGUUCUCGUGACCGCCACGGAUGCGCCGCGAGACUCGGAAGACAGCGCCCGGGCUAUGACUAUCAACAAGGUCCCGCCGGGCGCGGCCAUCUCGCCGCCGCCGAAGCCGCUCUCGCCAACAGCCGCGGUCGUGGCCGCGCUCGCCGCAACGCCGACGCUGGCGCAGCCGACGAUGCCCCAGCCGCGAGUGACGGCCUGGGUCGUCGGCGGCGGCGCGCUGACCCACGCGACGACGGCCACGGACCCGCGCCAGGGCGUGACGAUCAAGAAUGCGGGGGGCUUCUCGCUCGCCGAGGCCGUCGCCGAUCCGCCCACGAGCCCCGUCGCCGCGAUCCCCGAGGCCUUUACGGCCGCGUUCGGCGCGCCGCCGACGCCGGUGGUCAAGGAGACGCCGGCGCCGGCUCCCUCUCCACCCAAGGCCAUGCCGUGGCGGCCCGAGCUCCAGCGCGAGGCGUGGCGCGCGGGCGACUGGUGCAUCGCCAUCCGCGACCAGGACUGGCACACCGGCAGCGCCUACUACGGGCUCGUGGCCAAGGAGAACGCCGACGGCACCUUCGCGGUCCACUACGACGACGGCCACGUCCAGCCCGACGUGCGCGAGGACGAACUCCGGUGCCUCGACCGCGCCGACGGGUCCUGCGUGCUGCCGGGCUCGAAGCGCGACAUGACGCCGGGCUCGCGCGGCGCCGAGCUAGUUGGAGACGCGUGGCGCGCGCAGCAGCUGGCCGUCUACGGCCCGGCCGCCAAGCCGACCGCAACUGCGGAAGUCUCAGCGCCUGCGACGGCGGAGGCCGCGGCGCCCCCCAAGCCGUCGCCGACAAAGAAGCCGUCGAUCAAGCCCGUGAUGCCCGGCGGCCGCAAGAAGAGCAACAAAAAGAAGAAGAAAGGAAACAAAAAGAAGUGAGAACAACGCCGCCGCUCCAUCCACCCGCGUCCGUAG